CAACAAAUAAAGAAGAGAGAAAUAAGUUCUGUGGGGAGGGGAACUAACUUCAGGAAUAGACAAGUUCAGAACGAGGAAAGCGCGAGGGCGGAGCUUGUGGGCAGCACGGGUACCAACCUCUGUACCCGCCGGUGCUCUGCACGAAUGUACGUGUGAGCAGUCUGGGAUUCCACACAGAACCAAGCUUCGAUCGAUCGAUUGACAUUUCCGAAGAAUGUGCAGCUGAAUCAUGUGCGAGAAGGAUUUAAAUUUCGGUUGAUCCUGCGAUUGUGAGAAGUGAUUCGAGAUACUUUUUCUCCCGUUUUGUAGGAGAGAUGCAGAGAGCAUUUUCUGCCCUUGUGGGUCGGUCAUCCCGCAGGCUGUCCACGCAGAUUUUAGGUGUAGCCAGUUCACCCGGCAGCUGUGCUCCAUCUAGCAGGAGUGAUCCAUCGUCUUCGUCUUUCGUCUGGCGAUCUGCAAGACAAUUUUGUGCUAGCGAUGGAUCCCAAGCUAGCCCUCCCUCAGCUGAAGGAGACAAAGCGGCGGCAGAAAAACCAGUGAAAAGGAAGAAGCUCAGUAAGAAGGAGCGCUUUGGUAAAUACGAUCAGGAGUUCGAAGAUGAGAUGGCACAGGUUCCAAUUGAUGAGAGCGUAGAACAUCUAUACGAUACACGACCAAUCGUCGAGAAAUGGAUGGGUCAUCCAACUUUCUAUGAUAUGAUUUCAGAGGACGCCUAUCCGAAGGGAGAAGCACCCAAGGGCGAACCCCCUGGAGAAGGGCCAAUUUUGAGGUGGGAAACUCGAGUAGUUUUGAGUCCUGGAGGUGAAGCCUUUCAUCCAGCAAAUCGAAAGGUCAAAGUUUCGGUGUACGUGAAGGAGCUGGAGCUUACUCCGAUACAAAAGGAGAGGCUGCUAGCCAUGGUUGGGAAACGUUACAAUCCUAACAAGGAUGAACUUACCAUAGUCAGUGAAAGAUUUGAGGCUCGCGAAGAAAACCGGAAGGAUGUCAUGAGAAUAUUAUUGGAUUUGAUCGAAGAGUGCAAGAAAUCAGAUGAGGUGGUGGAAGGGGCGCAGCAAAUAUAGAAAGGCAAUAAUAGUUGUUCUUCAUGUUAAGCUGCGCUUUAAGCUGUGGCUCUCAGUUUUGACCAGGAGGUUUUUUCUCUUUCAAUCCUCCCAAAUUCAUCUAUUAAAGAUUUGGUUCUCGUUUGGUCUAGUCAUAUAACUUCGUGAUGGAUAUCAAUUUGCUCAGUUCACACAGAGUUACAGCUUUUCAGAAAGUUCAGAUGUUCCUCAUUUGGUUCACCAGACCAAUGGUUUUUGCAUUUUCCAAAUCCUCUGAUACUAUCUGGGAGACGGUGACAUGUAAAGCGGGAACCGUGAUUAUUCAAUUUAUUUUGUAUCAAGGUUUUGAUGGAGCACUUGAAACAUGGGUACACUAUGUGUUACUGUUUCAUGUACGCACGAAGAGAAGAGUACUCUCCAAACAAGUGUAUUUGCAGCUCUGACCGUUAACUUGACGCCAAGUCUCACUGG